AGAUAAGAAGACAAAGUAUUACGAAAUUUCGCUAUAAGCUUUCUUUUUUGGAAACGAAAAAUUCUAAAUCGCGAGUAAUUCUGACGAAAUUUUACUAUUUUGAAAAGUAAUAUACGUAAUAUGAAUUAGAUUGGAAUUUGUGUUUUAUGAUACUAUGAUUUGAAAACAAUGGGUACCAAUUUGAUAUUAGCUGGUCUUGGAUUAGCCGCUGCAGGCUAUGUCGGCAGAUGUAUCAUACGCGCUUCUCCGCAAUUCUCAAAAACCAUGAAAGAAUCGUUAAAGGCGCUCUCCAGCUUCGAAUCAUCUAAUUUUGCGAACAGCAAGUAUUAUAAAGGCGGAUUUGAAUCAACGAUGACCAAACGAGAAGCUAGUUUGAUAUUAGGUGUUUCACCAACUACUUCCAAACUCAAAGUCAAGGAAGCUCAUAAGAGGAUUAUGUCUUUGAAUCAUCCUGAUCGUGGUGGUUCUCCAUAUAUUGCGGCGAAAAUUAACGAAGCUAAGGAUCUAUUAGAAAACAAUAAGUAAAUCAAGAUGUUUCGUUACUUAAUGUUUAAGACAUGUCACUGGAGUUAUUUUAAUUGUAUAGUUAACUGUAGAUCCGUAAUUUAAAAAAUGAAUGUUGAUUUGAAAAAUCGUCAAGAACAAUAUAAAGUAGUUGAUGUA